GAGAUCCGUGGCGAGGUCAUGGGCGGCGGCAUGAAGGGCAUCGUCCAGCACGGCGUGGACUCGUGGACAGGGCAGGAGAUAGCGGUGAAGCGGGUCGAGUGCGACACGGCCUGCCCCAUUCGCUUCCUGGAGGUCAGGGGAGGCGAGCAGCUGGUCGUGUACUCCGAGGGCUACGCUCCGGUGCACAGCAAGCCGCAGCCCUUCGGAGGGGAGCUCUCGUUUGACGCCUCGAACGAGCACGGCGCCAGGCCUUUUGAGAAGGACAGCCUUACAGGGCGCGUAGUGCUGGUGAGGCGCGGGGGCGGCGUGUCCUUCUCGCAGAAGGUCACGAACGCCUACUGCGGCGGGGCUGCCGGGGUGGUGAUAGUGAGCAACUCGAGCGAGGUGGACAUCUACUCCGUAGACGCGCCUGCCGGCUCCAAGGUGUGUUCCGUAAUGGUCCCCAGACCCGACGGGGACGCCAUGAUCGCGAGCUGCUCCGCCGGCAGCCGCGGAGCUCCGACGACCUGCCAGGUGCGCACGGACGUGGGGCACGAGGUCGACAUCUGUAGGCGCCUGCCCCCGCACCCGAACGUGAUCCAGGUGCUCGACACCUGGGAGGACGGCAACGCGGCGGUGGUGGUCAUGGAGCUGUGCAGGGGCGGCAAGGUGCAGGGCCCGCUGGAGCUCCCACAGGCCUUGCGGUUGACCCGGCAGAUGCUCGCGGGCCUGAGACAUAUACACGAGAACGGCGUCGUUCACCGGGAUGUGAAGCCGGAGAACAUGCUGCUGACGCGGCCGCCGCAGGAC